AGGAAGUGUGUAUGUGUGUGUAUGUUUGGGUGUAUGUGUGUGCGUGCGUGCGUGUGUGUGUGUGAGUGAGUGUGAGUGAGUGGUGCUUGGACGGAGGAAAGUUUUUUCCCCUGGAUCGGACAGAACUGGAUUGGGAAUACGGGGAGAAUUCCCUGAACUUGUGGAUCUUGUUUUCUGUGCGCAGUGGCGUGAGCGCGUGAAUGCGCGUUUCGGGGCGGCGGCGGAGGCGGUGGUGGUGGCGCGAGUCGGAUCUUCUUCUCUCUGCCCGGUUUGGUGUGUCUCUGCUCGGCUGAGAUGGGGAAGGAGCAAGAACUGUUGGAGGCGGCGCGCACCGGGAAUGUGGCCGCCGUGGAGAAGCUGCUGAGCGGGAAGAGAGCCACGUCCGGUGGUGGCGGAGGAGGAGGAUUUGGAGGAGGAGGAGGAGGAGGAGGAGGCGCGGGACACGGCUCGAGCGGCGGCGGACACAGCGCGAGCGCUCACGCGCUCUCCAGCUUACUCAGUAUUUGGAGGGUCCCUAAUGUGAACUGUGUGGACAGUAACGGAUACACGCCUCUCCACCACGCCGCGCUGAACGGACACAGCGAGGUGGUGGAGUUGUUGUUGAAGAACGAAGCUGUCACUAACGUAGCGGAUAAUAAGGGAUGUUAUCCGCUUCACCUUGCUGCUUGGAAAGGAGAUCAGCGCAUUGUCCGGCUGCUCAUCCACAAGGGGACGUCGUAUCCCAAACUCAAUGAACAGACUCUAGACCACAGAGAAUUCAAACGCUGUGGCCCGUUUGACCCCUAUAUUAAUGCCAAGAAUAACGAUAAUGAGACCGCUCUGCACUGUGCGGCGCAGUACGGACACUCUGACGUGGUGCGUGUGUUGUUGGAGGAACUGACCGACCCCACCAUGAGGAACAACCGCUUCGAGACUCCACUGGACCUCGCUGCGCUCUACGGUCGCCUGGAGGUGGUCAAGCUGCUGCUGUGUGCUCACCCCAACCUGCUCAACACACACACACACACUCUAACACAUACACCGCUUCACCUCGCCGCACGCAAUGGACACCUGCCCGUUGUAGAGGUGCUGCUCAGCGCCGGAAUGGACAUCAACUACCAGACGGAGAAAGGCAGUGCCCUUCAUGAAGCUGCUCUUUUUGGGAAGACAGAAGUGGUACAGAAGCUGCUCAGUGCAGGUAUCAACGUGAACAUUAUGGACAAUAAAAACCGCACGGCACUGGACAUUGUGAAGGAAAUGCCGUCUCAGAAAAGCCGUCAGAUUGCUGCUCUCAUCCAGGCUCAUACGAGCGGUCAGCCUCCUGAUCUUCCGCCUCCUCCAGUGCCACCUUCCCAAGAGAACCUAAGAAGGGGUCAAGAUGUGUGUGUAGAUGUGUGUGAAGAAAGCCCAUAUGAAGCGCUGUUUGAAGCCUCUUCAUGUCACUCGUUGGACAGUUUGGCCAGCGGGAAGUCGUCAGAUAGAGACUCAGGAAGACCGGAGAGUGAAGCGGGAAGGUCGUUUGUGAAAGACCGUAAUCCACCUCCGUCCCACUCAGGAGGAGCAGCACACGAGGAAGAUCUCAGCUCCGAGGCGGUCUACACCAGCAGUAGUUUGGAUGAGAGAGUGGAAGAUGAUGACGAUCAUACAUAUGAAACGCUGCACACUGCACAGACCAAACACCCCACUGACACACAAACGGAUAAGGAUUCUUCUGCCAAGUCUUCCAACAACCUCUUACCUCAGCAGAGGAAGACCACUACACCUGGUGAAGUUCGACCUCCUGCCUCAAACACACACACACUGAAUCCUCCAAGCAGCACUCUUCCAUCUUCUGGAGACAGCUCAGCCGUGCCAGAGCAGUUCACCGGUCUUCUUCACGGAUCUUCGCCUGUAGUUGACACACGGGAAGGAGUGGAGCCUUCGCGGUUGCCCUCUGAUCGAGGGGCCCCUAAGUGCCCGCCGCCGGUUUCCAUGGCAACCGUCCGGCCCGACCCGGACCCCAAGGCUAUCUACGCUACUGUGAACAAAGAACCGCGCGACUCGCCGAGCCGGAACCGUCCCGGAGACCUGAAGCUCUCUCGCAGCCUGUCCAAAUCUGACUCGGACCUUCUGUCGACUCCCCCCACUGAAGAGGAGGCAGGGCUGAGUGGCCGCAGCGAAUCUAUGUCCAGCUGCAGCGCAGCCAAGAGGAGGAUGGAGAAAUCGCCGUCAUUCACAUCAGAGUGGGACGAGCAGACACAGAGGCGGUACUCAUCCGAUUGGCCGAGACACUCACCCAAACGCAACAUUGAGAAGAUCAUGACGCUAAUCGGAGCGGGAUUCGACUUCCCUAAAGAGCAGGAGAGCAGCUUGACAGGGCUGGGGAUGAUAUCGGAUCAGUCAGUGGGGGACUGGCUGGAGCGGACUGGCCUGCCGCAGUACGAGAGCAAACUGCUGCUGAACGGCUUUGAUGACCUGAGAUUCAUGGGGAGUAACGUGAUGGAGGAGCAGGAUCUGAAGGAGAUUGGGAUCACAGAUGCGACUCACAGGAGGAAACUUCUGAACGCUGCUCGCACACUGCCCAAGGUUAAAGGAUGUGAGGGCAGUGUGCCUCUCUCUUCUUGGUUAGACUCGUUGGGUCUAAGUGAAUAUCUACACAGCUUUCUGCAAAGCGGAUACAACACACUCGAGGCGGUGAGGAACCUGUGGGAGCUCGAGAUAGUCAACGUGCUGAAGAUCACCUUGUUGGGACACAGGAAGAGGAUUAUCGCGUCAUUAACUGAGCGACUGUAUGAUGAGCCACCAGUGAAACCACCUCGACUCUCUCAGAUCAGAUGUACUGAUCUGAUGCCUCAGGCGUCAUCCUCUGCUCUGGGUCUAUCAGACUCCUACACACAUCGCUCCAUGGAUCCUGCAGGAGAUUCUGGGAGGACAAAGGGGGCAGAGUCAGACUAUGAGCUAUCAGUCAAAUCCAGAGCACAGGAGAGGUAUGAUGAUCAGCGAGCUGAGUCGAGGUUGACCCUCCGUCCCCCCAGUCAGGCAGCUCCAUGCGCUCCUGUACAGAAUUGGCAUCACAAACCAGAGAAACUCAUCUUUGAGUCCUGCGGCUAUGAGGCUAACUAUUUAGGCUCCAUGCUCAUUAAGGACCUGAGAGGAACAGAGUCCACACAGGAUGCCUGUGCUAAAAUGAGGAGGUCUACAGAACAGAUGAGGAAGGUUCCUACCAUCAUCCUCUCCAUCACAUAUAAAGGAGUCAAGUUUAUUGAUGCAGCUAAUAAGAACAUCAUAGCAGAACAUGAGAUCAGGAACAUCUCUUGUGCAGCUCAGGAUCCAGAGGAUUUGUGUACGUUCGCCUACAUCACCAAAGACCUGCAGACUGACCACCAUUACUGUCAUGUCUUCAGCACGGUGGAUGUGAAUCUGACCUAUGAGAUCAUCCUGACUCUGGGACAGGCGUUUGAAGUGGCCUAUCAGCUCGCUCUGCAGGCUCAGAGGACCAAUCAGAAGCAGAAGCAAAGUUUAGCAGUCGGGGCGGAGUCAGAGGUCAACACCAAGAGUAAUAGACCAGUGCCUAAACCACGUGGAGGGGCACAAAAGCCAGUGGUGGAGUCUUCAGAGGACCCUGCAUGGCUUACGGAGCCCAAAGAGCCCAAACACACUGUCAGCACCAAGUACGAGACCCCCAUCUACUGAACACACACACACACACACACACACACCCCUUUCUCUUAUUCCUGAGUGCCUUCACUGUGACUCUGCUUUCCAUGUGUCGCUCUCUUUCACGCCGUGCUGUGUAUGUAAUGAUUCCCUUCUACAAUAUCCUCACACACACACACACACACAACCCCUUAAUAUGUACAUACACACACAGCACCCCAAGCCUGUCUUCCUGCUCUGAUCUGGCUGUCUCUCUCCUCCUCUCCGGUGCUGCGCAUCUGUAGUGGGCGUCGGCCACUGUGAGGCUUUGUGGGCGGAGUCCAAUGGCCUUUCCUCUUCCAUCUGAGCGGAAACACGACUGCCAAACCAAAAAAACUCACCACAGCCAAGGACACAGAUGGGGAGGCUUUGUGGAUUUCUUUCUUUUCUGUGAACCGAUGUGGACUGAGCCUCUAUGAAAUUCUAAAGUUAGCGUGAAAGAGGAUUUUGCUCCAGUUGUUUGUCAGACAUUUCUGCUGCAAGGGUUUUAAAUCCCGCACUGUGACGAAACACAAAUCCGUCGAAAGACUAGGGCUCUGUCCCCAACGCUGGAAUUGAUCAUUUGGUCAUGUCCGAAACACAACACAAUCCAGUACAACAGUUUUAUAUUUGCGUGUUCAUGUGGUUUUAACCCAUAAUGCACUGUGAUCAUACUACUGAGAAAGUGUCGUGAAAUAUCGGGCAAGUUUAUCAGGACCGGGGAGCGGCAAAGAAGUGAGGCUUUAUCUAGCAGACAUUUGGGACGGAGCCCCGGGGGUUGUUUCUUUUUUUUGUAGCAUUGAUUAAUCACUGCACAUGCAGCUUCUAAAUCUGCACAUACUUAAACAUAUCACUUUUACAUUUUGCUGGCUUUUUAAACCUGUUGUUUUUACCUGAGGGUUAAGCCUUAAGUGUUUGUCAAGUGAGCCGUAUGUAGCAUCUCUCACGCACACACACUUUCAUCAAAAUAGUGAUACUGAUAUAAAUGGAAAAAUAGACUAUUUUGCAAUAACAGAAUCUCACACAGGUGUGUGUGUGUGUGUGAGACACUCAUCCUGAGUAAUUUCUCGUAAGUAUCCCGUAAUUUAAUGUCGUAGUACUGUAAUUACUGCUCCUUUAUACACAGCCAUCAACAAUCACCUAAAACAAGUGUAUUUAGAGAUCUUCUAGAACCUUGACAAGAUAGUGUUUUUUCCCCUUUAACGUUAGGUUCAGAUGCAGUAUUUCUGAACUAGAUCUGAUUCAUCUUUUUCUUUCCCCCAUGUACGGAUUGUUUUUGAGUAAGUUUAGCUCACACGGAGCAGAUAUAGAGCAGGUAUCCGGUCUCUCUCUCUCUCUCUCUCUCUCUCUCUCUCUCUGUCUCUGUCUGUCCCACCUCAGCCAAUCACGUUACAGCUUGCUGUACUCCUUUAUUAAUAUUCAUGACCUGGUGCUAGAGCUUUCUUCUGGGUUCUGGCUGGAAGAUAACGCUGCCAUGUCAGAUCCCGUCGCAUUCCUGCAUGGUUGCUGGCGCCUGUAGUAACGAAGCCUUCUGUAACCGUAGCAACAGAGCGUUUCGGGUUCGGCCUCAGCGCUAGGAGUAUCUAUCCAUCUUUCCUUCCUUUUCAUUACAUCCUUUUUUUCCCCCUCAGUGAGCACAACAGACACAUGUCCUUUUUUUGUUUUUGUUUCAGUAAUAUAUGGAUUUCUAACCCUGUGUGUGUGUCUUCCCAUAGCUGAACAUGAUGCCAAACCUCACAGGACCAGUUGCAUGACUUACACAUCACCACUUUGAUGGAUGUGUGUGUGUGUGUGUGUGUGUGUUUGUCAUGCCUUCUUCCAUUAUCCUCCCAUCCAUCAUCCAACAGCCUCAGUACAGAUCAGUACACACACACACACACACACAGGACACCUUCAUCUCCUUCUGCUACACUGGAUGAUUGUCACUGUUUUUGUUUGCCCCCCCCCCCCAAUUUCUUUUAAGUCAUGUGAUUUGUGACAUUACCAUGCACACAAGGGUACAUCAGUCAGCGUGCGCUACACCAUCACUGUGGGCGUGUCCCAAACCGCUUUCCCCCCAAAUAAGGUCUCAUGCCACGGUGCGUAGUUCAGACACUAGCCUGUUAUUGUGACACUGUACAGACGGCAGUAAACGUCACAACUAACCCCUGAUACUGACUCUCACACACUCUUAGUGCCCUUGGUGUAGCGCGCUCAGACCGGAGGACACGUGACCGGACAUGUGGGCCCAGUGAAACUUUUACUGGACGUUUUAACGGUACGAGGCUUUUAAUCAGGAAAAAAAUUCAAAACGCUCCACUGAAUAAUCGACUAAUCCCAAGCUCCACCCACACUCUGGAAUCGGUUUCAGUAUCACGAGCCCUCUAAAGGUUUCAGCGUCGAGUGAGCUUGGGAACGCCGUGUAUCUAAAGACUUUGCGUUCGCAACGUGGGCGUGUCUUAAAGUACAUGCCAAUCAGCAACAAUCGAUCACGUUUCCACGGCGACGGUUUUCCUUUUGUCUGUUCGUGACACGUUUUAUAUAUAUAUAUAUAUAUAUAUAUAUAUAUAUAUAUAUAUAUAUAUAUUAAAGCAUUGAUGGUACUUGGGUACUUUUGUGUGUAAAGUGACACUAAAAAUCUGUGUGUGUGUGGAAAUCAGAGGUUUCAUUAUAUUUUUAAACACCUUGUGAGUAGCAAGUUGGAGAACAUGCUGAAAUUGAAGUGUGUGUGUGUGUGUGAGAAAGAUGCUGAAUCUAGAGACAGUGCGGUACUUUACACAUCUAGUCUUAGUUUACAGAAAAUGAAAGUUCUUUUAGGAUUUUAAAUCUGAUGGUGUUGGUACGGUGCUGAACACGGGCAGGGGGCGGCGCUAUAGCUAUUUUAUUUUUUCCUUUGCAAGUAUUUUUAAUGAUUCUGAGCGAUUUCUGUUAAAGAUGUGAACAAUAAUAGACUGUAAAGUAAUCAGUGUGUAUUUUGAUACUUGAAUAUGAUUCUGCUUUUAUAGCUGCCUCUCUCUCUCUCUCUCCCUCUGUAUAUGUAUGUAAUGUAUGUAUGUAAGGGUUAUGUUUCUUUCCUUAAAUCUGCUCAUGUACUUUAUUUUUCCUCCCCCUCCAAGCUCAGUGUAUCAGGGUGUGUGUGUGUGUGUGCGAGUGAUAAGACAGAGUGAAUCCUCACUACAGCAUGAAAAUGAGCAAGUGUAAAUAAUCUUGGGCUUCCAGUCUUUUCUUUUUAUUAUUAUUAUUAUUAUUAUUAUUGAUUAUUAUUAAUAUUAUUAUUUUUCAUAAUCUGUACAUCUAAUAAAUAAAUGAAAUCAUUUACUCAAA